ACGUUUGACAUUAGGAAAAGAUAAAAAUGAAAUCGCGGAGUAAUAAUAUCAUAAAUAAAUAGAAAAUAGAUAUGAUAUAAACAAUAACAAUAGCUUAUAAAUAAUUAGUUUACUUACCGUCCAGACCAGCCUUCGAGAGACGUGCUUCUAUACUCAGAUAAAACCAUGGAUAACGUGGAAUCUGAAAAUAUGGACUCGGAUGAAGAAUUCGCCUUCGAAACUGAUCACCUAGCUCUUCGGGGGAAUAAAGAUUACUGUGACCUGCUAAAGUUUAUUGUCAAAUUAGAAGCUCAGAAGGUAAAGGCGUUGAAAGAUAUAGAAGAAUUAUCCGAAGCUCAGAAUAGAGCAUUAAAUGACCCUCUAUCUUUUCUGGAGGACAUGAAAUCAGGGAGUGUGAACUUCCCUCCUCGUCAAAGUAUUGAUGAGCUGCCGAACAUAGACUGGGCCAGUUAUGGCAUAGACGCCACAAUGGAUGGUGAUGACAUUAAGGACACAAAACCAAAUAAAGAUGAUCUAGACAACAGCACCAAAGUGAGGGGACGAAAGUUCACAGAUAAUAAGCCUGAAACAUUUAAUCAAUUAUGGUCUUGUGAGGAGCAGAAAAGGUUGGAAGAAUUACUUGAAAUCUAUCCGGAAGAGCCCAUAGAGGCGAGGCGGUAUAAGAAAAUAGCUCAAGCUUUAGGAACUAGGACACCCAUACAAGUCAUGAGUAGAAUUCAAAAGUACUUUACUAAGUUAGCAAAAGCAGGGUUGCCAAUUCCUGGCAGAGUUCCUAAAGGUAUUGGAAGAGACAAGAAUAAGUCAAUGUUCUACAAGAAGUCCACAUUCUUCCCUCAGCUGCAUGUACCUGUCACUAUGGAAGACCCUUAUGAGGAAUCUCAUGAUACUGUCCCCACACUAGAAAUUAAGAACAGUAACAAAUAUAUGUUGGAGUUACUGAAAUCUGCAAAGGAACAAAGAUUGUUAGAUGAGACGUCACCGGUGUAUCAGACUAAGACAAUGUGUGUAGGCUGUCAGAAGACUGGCUUCUUAGGUGCAAGGUGGACGGAUAAUACCGGUACUGACUACUGUACUGAUUGUGUUGUGAAGCUGCUACCGGCUGAGAGAUUAAUACCUGUGCGACAACCCGUGUAACUGAUGUUAUAAAGCUCAUGAGAUAUUUGUACUUUAUUGUACUGUGAACCAGCUGAGAAAAUAAAAGUGAAAAACUGUGUAAACUGCAAUAAAUCUACUUAUUUAUUUGUA